CGGUGGAAUCCUCAACAUGUCACUACUUGCAUGUCAACAAGAUGCAAAGCACGCUCCGUUCAGCUGCUGCGAAAAGCAAGAGGUCUAUUUACUCCCUUCAAAUAUUUCGACAGGCUCAAAGACGUACAGUUACUAAUCUAGGCCCCUGCGACACUCCCGAGCAAUACCAGGAAGCCAAGGCAGACGCGUACAAGGCACUCACCCUAGCAGGCUACAAUCCUAAGUACUUUUGGGAACAGCCAAUUGUAUGGGGCGACCAUGAUACGUUCCAACAUGUAAACAAUGUCAGCUAUGUCCGAUUCUUUGAAUCAAGUCGUGUCCAUUGGAUGAGGCAUCUUGGUCAUCAACUCGGUGGACCAUCUGCCGCUGACUCUCUGAUUCGGGGGGAAGGCGUCUCACUCAUUCUCAAAUCCAUUGAUGUGCGAUAUCGACGUCCUGUUACCUACCCCGACACUCUCCUAAUAGCUCACCGACCUGUUCAACCAACUGAUGGGCAAAGACCGGACCCGUCGGCUUUGAAUUUAGAGGCUUCAGCUUAUUCCCUCGGUCAACGCGCGAUAGUGACUCUUACUAAGGAGGUCGUGGUUUGGUAUGACUACGACACACUAAAGAAGUGUAUUCCAGAGGACAGGUACCUCCAAGCAGUCUGGCAUACUGGGGUGGCUAGCUCCAGUUAGAGAUGUAUUGUCUUCGAAGGUUUUAAUUGCUGUCAUACUACUCAUGAAUCACUCUUGUAACAAUACUAGCCCUAUGUUCCAAGUGGUAUACUGCUUGCGACGCAUAUCUCGCUC